AUGCCAUUCAUCAAGUUAGUCAAAGAGAUUUCACAAAAGUGGAAAGAAGAAUAAGAUCUUGCAGAGAGUGAAGAAUCCCUCGACUAACUAUAGGAUUAUCUUGACACUAACAACAUUACUUAUGUUUUGUAUGAAUCAGACGAAAUCUAAAAGUUUGAAUUAAGGGACGAGGAUGCUUUGGUUUUAAGUCAAGAUCAGAAAUUAUAAGGCUUUGGUGACUAGUGCCUUAAUGAUGUCACUGUUGGAAAAGAUGGAAGUCUCUGGGGUCUGGCAUGCGAUGAUAAUUCUGAAUUUGAUGGAAUCAUCAGUUAAGUAGUCUAGUGGGUGGAUAAGAAUGAAGAAUGGGUUGCUUUACAGUGA